AAUAGCGGCAUUGAUAAGCGUUGCAGUCAGUAGUGUUACACAUUUCAGCAAUAUUCCGGAAGCCAUGGAUGUGAGAAUGUUUUCUGUCUUUACUUUAUUUUUCCUCGCCGAGGCGUUCCCAUUGAAGUACCCCAGUUUCCAGCCGCAGUACAACCAAACCAAUUCAAAUCACGCCAAUAGUUUCUUGAAAACAGAUGUUAAAGAUGUUAAAGACGGAAUGUUCAUACUAACAUAUACAAUAGGAAAUCGUCUCGAAGGAGAUCAUUUGGAAGCAAAAAAGUCUGGUGCCAUAUUUCAGUCAACUCCCCAAGAUUACACUCAAACUCUAUAUUAUCCAGAGAACAAUAAUUAUGGACGGCAAAUUACUUACAUAGAAAUCAUCGUACAACAAACCGGACCGAGGGGCGAGAUUAGGGUAAUCAAAGGAGGAAUAGGAAAACCAUAUAUUGUAUUAACUGUCAAAUCACAAAAUACGCUACUUUUCAUAUAUAAUGCUACACUCUACACAUUUUGAUCUUGAGCGAGCAUAAUCUCAUAGUGAAAUUUACUAGACUUUUAGGUUCCAUGUUUACAAGCUUUUAUUUGUUCAAGUGCUUUCUACAUCAAGAAGCUGAAUUAAAAAAGAUACUACAAUAUAUCUUAAAUAAUUUUCAUGAA